AUGUUUUUCUUGUUACUGCUGGUGAUUGAAGUCUCUUGUCUGCUCGACUGUAAACGGACUUUCGUGCCACACAGAAUAUCAGCGAGUGGUAACUGUGUGCAACGAGUGCCCGAGUGUGACUUCGCUUGUUACGUCGGCAAUCUUUACCCACAAUCGUUAGCGAUUUGUAUGACUCGACAUUAUGUUUAUGAUUGGUUCUGCCAAAACGAUGGAGCCUACGCAACUCCAGUGAAGUAUCAAAAGAUUUCACGAGCUUUGAAAUAUGAAGAGAUCUUCUGUUCGGAUGAGAAAGACUGCGAAUUGCUGAAACCAUUCUACAACUUUGAGACGAGACACAUGCUUGCUCCCAAAUACGGCAUCUCGACGUGCGUCAUUUACAAGAAUUUCUCCACUGUUUUCACCUCGAUCAUUUGCUAUCUCUUUGACGCAAUCGCUUACAAAAAGGAAGUGCCGGACAUGAUGAAGGACACUUAUUUCAACAGAAGAUGUCAGCUGCAUAAUGAGGUGCACGGUUUUGGCAUAAAGAAGGAGUUCAAAUCAGAACGUGGUAAUCGCUGGAGAAAUUAUGUAAUUUUGCGAGAACCCGAGGAGCGUUUCGUUUCCGCUUUCGUCGACAAAUGUAUUUUUGCCAAGAAACAACCCGAAGCUCACUAUUACGAGCGGGUGAAUCCGUGUUAUGGUUGUGAGACAAAUAUCACUUGUUUCAUCGAGAAACAAUAUGAAAGUCUCCGCGCAAUCGCCAAUGGAACGAAACAAAGUGCGCACACCGUUGAGGAUGCUCAUUUUGCGCCACAAACAUGGCAUUGCGAGAUGAAAGAGUUCUUCACCGACUACACUUUCCUCAAGUAUACCCCAUCAAAAACCUCAGCUUUAUUGGAUGAACUUUUUGCGGAAUUCGAAUUCUUCGGUGUUCCGAGAAAUAUCACCGAUGAUAUCAGAAAACAGAUAAUAGGCCGAAAAACGUUUCACGUCACUUAUGACUCGGAUUUGCCGGGAAAAUAUCGACAAGAGAUUAGAAAUAGUCGAUAUUUGAGGGAAAUGCUCGUCAAAUUGUAUUAUUUCGACUAUUUGUACUUUCAUUUUCCGUUGCCAAAUUUGCGU